AUGGCCUCGGGCACAGCUAAGACCAUGAGGGAGGAAGCCACCUGCCCCAUCUGCCUGGACCUGAUGACUGAGCCAGUGAUGAUAGACUGUGGGCACAUCUACUCCCAUUCUUGCAUAUUAGGAAAUAUUGAGAACCAGCAACAGAAGUCACCGACACAAGGAACCUUUGAGUGUCCUUUAUGUAGGGCACAGUUUCAGAGGGAGGGCAUCCGGCCCAGUAAGCAACUAGGAAACCUCAUUGACACCACUAAGAAGAUGGAGCAGGAGCAUCUGUGUGAAAAACACGAAAAGAAGCUCAGCCUGUUCUGUAAAGAUGAUGGUCAGCUCAUCUGCUGGUGCUGUGAGCGGACACCACAGCACAAAGGGCACACCACCAUCCUUGCUGAAGUUGCAUGUCAAGAGCACAAGAAAAUAUUUCAGGAAGUUUUGAAAUACCUGAGGGGUCAAGAAGUCAAAAAUAAGGAAUGGCAAAGAAACAUAAGAGAGCAAAUUACAAAAAUUCAGUCUGAAAAUCUGGAUGAAAGAGAUUUUAUCAAGUGGAGCUUUAAGAUAUUGCACAUGAUACUAUACAUGGAGGAGCAAUCUUAUAUAUGGAGACUGGAGAAUAAAGAACAGCAAAUUCUGAAGAGACUGCAGGAGAAUGAAGCCCAGCUGGAGAUGCAAAGCCAGGAACUAAAAAAACGCAUCCUGGAACUGGAGAGGAAAUAUCAGGGCUCAGCCCAGGAGUUACUGCAGGAUGUGGGAGACACUUUAGACAGAAUUUCUGCUAUGGUGUUAAAUGAACCGGAGGAUGUCUCAUUGGAUAUUCACACUAUUUCUAAAUUUUAUGGCGUUUCCUAUCAAUUGAAAAAAAUGUUUGAGACUGAUCAUGGUUCUGUUAAAGUUACUAUAGAUCCAGAUACAGCUCACAAUAACCUACUUGUGAAUGAGGAUGAUAAAAUGGUGACUGGUGGAUCACCCCAACUGAAGCAUGAGACUCCUGCUAGGUUUAAAGACUUGCCCUGUGUCCUGGGAAAUGAGACCUUCACUUCUGGAAAAUAUUACUUUGAAAUAUGUUUUCAAGAAGGAUCUGAGUGUGAUGUCGGAGUUUGUCUGGAAAAUGUACCAAGAGAAAAUGACAUGAGACGGGAUCCUGAGUCUGGAUUCUGGGCCAUCAGAUAUUCCAAAGAUGUUGACUAUGUAGCUCUUACAUCUCCCCUAACUCCUUUAAAUCUGCAGAAUGUUCACAGUAUAGGGGUUUUUGUUGACUACGAGGUUGGACUUGUCUCCUUUUAUGACUUGGCAACUACCUCCCACAUCUUCACUUUUCCAAAGACCUCUUUCUCUGAACCCAUAAGGCCUUAUUUCUGUAUUGGUGAAGAUUCUGAUCUGUACACAUAG